AAGGAUGAUGCUGAUGAUGAUGAUUAUGAUAAUUAUGAUUAUCACGACGAUGAUGAUAAUGAUGAUGAUGAUGAUGAUGAGUAUGAUGCUGAUGAUGAUGAUGUUUCGAAUGAUGAUUUGAUGAUGAUGAUGAUGAUGAUGAUGAUGAUGAUGAUGAUGAUGAUGAUGAUGAUGGUGAUUCAUGAUGAUGAUGAUGAUGAUGAUGAUGAUGAUGAUGAUGAUGAUGAUGAUGAUUAUGAUGCACAUGUUUACGAUGAUGAUGAUGAUGAUGAUGAUGAUGAUGAUGAUGAUGAUGAUGAUGAUGAAGAUGAUUCAUGA